CCUUUGGCCUCUUCAAACAAUAUCCCAACUCUCCGCUCCACACCGUCGCUCGAGCGUUCAUCAUCAUAUGAAAACCCAUCCGACAAUUCCCCGACUGAAGUCAGCAACCAACGAGAGCCAGAUUACCAGGUCAAAGCUACAUUGACCGGAUUUCUCAAUGACGCGCGGGUCAAGUCGAGCACAGAUUGCAGCAGACGAGUGCAGAAUGCCUUGAUGGAGACCGAGCAGGAGCUACGACAGCAAAGGCGGCAGUCAACUCAUAGCCGG